AGGCCAUGGAGACAAUAGUAGCAUCUUUCUGGAUGUGUUGUCGGCAUGUGUCUUUAUAUCAGAAUAUGUAUCACACUUCUAUUAUCACAUUGUCUUAUUUGACCUGUUGCAGUGUGUUGAUGUACUGGGCCACCUCGAGGACCAUUUACACCACGUGGUCUGACAUUACUACUUAAAUCCUAGACGUGGAUGAACUUUUGACUCAGUAUUAAAGAUUUUGGAACAUUUCCAUACUUGAAAACCAAAGGUGCCGAAAGAUAUACCUUUACAAUAAGUACUUCAUAACUUUUGAACCGAGAACCACACUGUUGCCAUGGAAACCUCUAUUGACGAGGCCUGGAAAGCGUUCUUGUGUAAUGGUGUCCAUGGACAGUGCUGGCCACAAAAUGUUUAUGCAGUGGUGUGCUCAAAGUUGUCCUGUUACCUGACGAAGAAUGUAAGUAAGACAGUGCACGCGGAAGAUGGCGUCCUUGAUUAUUUGGAGAACUUACUGAGGCGCAGAGCCCUCCGUCCUCAAAGACUCAAGUUGUUUCUCAGCGCUUCUCCGUGUCAACGAUGCAGCCAGAGAAUCAUCACCUUUCUCAACACCGCCAGGUGGCGCUACGGCGUAACCCUGGAGAUGGAAGUCGUGUUCUCUGCGUUUUAUCAGAUCAGACGACCUUCGUGUGAGUUGAACCCAGCCUGCCGGAACCAUCUUCCUUCUUACCAUGACCACGUGGCUCAGGUGGCGGGGCUGAAGCAGCUGUACUGGACACAAGGUGUCAUCCUUCGCACCUUCAACUGCCAAGACUGGCUGUAUCUUGGAAACUUUCUGAAGAAAACCACCAUCAAUAUCAGAUAUCGACAUUAUCAAGACAACUUGCUUAGAAGAGAAUUUUUAACAAUUAUGGACUUAAUUGGUUCUACAACUUACAUCCCCGAGUGUAACUAUUUCCAGUCCGACGAGAGCCUGUCUUAUAUGGAACCGUCCACCAACUGGGACUGCAUCACUUUACUGUUUAUCUUUGUGCCAGUCUUAUUAUUUCUGGUUUUCCUCACAUUUUUAUAUUUCUAAGGCUCGCCGCCCCCCUGCGGUCGCCCAUCAUGACAAGAGAACAAAUGAUGAUGUCGCUAGCCAGUUCGCUUGACUGAUAACAACAUGACCAUCCAUCACAUUAAUUAAGAAACCAGCCUUCAUGCACAUUCAAGGCAGUGCUGAGCACUUCUAGAAAAAAUGUGUAAGAACUAGUGCUGAACACAGGCUACAGGCUCUGUUUGCUGGUGUGUACUACAGUCAAUGAUGUGUUGGCACCCGACUGUUUGGUUUACAAGGACCUACUGGGUAUCUGGUGACAAUGAUCUGCAUCUGUGUACCUGGUGACAAAGAAAACUUGUUUCACGGGAUGUCUGUUUUGUGUAUGUUAAUACAUAGUCAAGUUCCCCAUUUUGGAUUUUUUCCUUACCUCCAAGGUGCAAACAGCAGGUAAGGACCACUUUGUGUGUUAGUGUUGACUGUGUUUUAGUGGUUUUGUGGGCUUGCUUCCUCCGUCUUUUCUCUCACCCCAGCCUCAAUAUCUAUCGUGUAGGUCCUCCUCAGUUGCAGAUGACAAUCUCCGUGGACUUCUGUCCGACUUUACACCUUGAAUACUCGGUGUCCAGCAGUAUUCCGACUUCAAGUGUGUCCAGCUUGAGGACCAUGCUGUGGCGCUGAUUACUCCUCAGCCAGCUCACUAUUUCACUCAGAUCCCAACCUCUUCCACAAGACCACGAAAUAAAAAAAAAUCGAAAAUAUUAAAAAAUAUUUCUUAAAAGCCCGCACGGACCAAGUCCAGGCCACUUUACGCCUCAGGGUCCGGGUACAGUAGUCCACCCCACCCCGUAUCCCUCCCUGUCAUCAGGUCUGUUGAUAAGCUCGAGUGUGGGGUGUACUUGGCGAGAGAGAAAUAUACUGUAAUACAUAUAGAGAGAUAUUUUGUGCGUGUUUCUGUAUCUCCGUGUGUGUGUGUGUGUUGGUUUGUGCACGGUUGAACCGAAAGUAAACAGUUCCGUGAAGAGGAAUUAUUCUUAUCAGUUAUCAGCCCAACACUUUGACACUGAGCCAGCGAUGUUUUAGUGAAUAAUAAUACUAAGCAUUUGUUGAGAUCACUAACAAAAGUCUGUUUCCUACUUCGACCUUUGUGGAUAUCGAUUGCCAGAUAAUAAUGUGCUGUUGUAAUGAUUAAUACUGAAGUAGUUGCUCAAUCCUUCCUCAAAUACAUGUUCAUAACCGAUGUUGUGUUUUUAUCCAAAACAGCUCUUGUUUCACUGGCCUCUUAGAGAAAUAUUAACUAUUUGCACACAGAUGUCCUGGUUAAUCCAGACUGACCUGUACUACACAAACAUAUAUUUAGUUUAUAAAUUUAUUGGCUGCCAUUUUGGUCGACAUCUUACUUUGUUUUGUUCGUCUGCUUCUCUCUUUCUCUUUUUGUUUAAUAUCAUGUU